AGGAUCUUCCUAGAGUUAAUGCACUUUUGCCCCCCCACCCCCAGUGACAGGAGGCUUUUCUGCUCCCCACCCACCACAAUCUUCUUUCUUGUUCGUGGCCAAAACUCUACAGAAGUACUCUGUUUAAACACUUGCCAGCUCUUAUUGGCUUAGAAUAAAAAAUGAGUUAUCCUGGUUAUCCUCCUCAGUCCGGUGGUUAUCCUCCUCAGGGUGGUGGCUACCCUCAACAGGCUGGUGGAUAUCCUCCCCAGCCAGGUAUGUAUCCUCAGCAAGCGGGAGGAUACCCUCCUCAAGCGGGAGGAUACCCUCCUCAAGCGGGAGGAUACCCUUCUCAAACAGGGGGAGGAUACCCACCCCAACCUGGUGCUUACCCAAGCCAGCCAGGAGCUUUUCCUCUCCUACCUCCAGGUGGAUGGGGAGCCCCUGGUGCUCCGGGCAUGCCUGGAUUUAAUGCAAGCAACUUGCCUGCAAUGGCAAAUCAGAUCUCUGCUUCUUUGGGACUUAAUCCAAAUCCACAAAUGUUCCCUCAAGUUCCCACUGGUGGUCCUGCAUCCUACCCUAACCAACAGCCCUUUGGCCUGUCCCCUCAGCCAGGAGGAGCCAUGCCCCAGGCACCAGGAAUGGGAUAUCCAGGAGGGCCAGCUCCGGGCCAGCCCAUGCCAGGCUACCCACAAGCCCCGUCUCCCAAUCCUUCAAUGCCGGGCUACCCACAAGCCCCAUCACCUAAUCCCUCCAUGCCAGGUUAUCCACAAGCCCCAGGUGCCAAUCCAUCCAUGUCUGGCUACCCACAAGGUCCAUCACUUACUCCGUCCGUACCUAACUACCCAAACGUGCCUGCUACCAAUCCGUCCAUGCCCACAUAUGGAGGAGGAGCUCCAAUGGUUCCUGCUAUUAAUCGUGGAUUCAGAGGAACCAUCCCAGAUUUUCCUGGAGCAGACCCAUUAAAAGAUGUUGAAGUUCUUAGGAAGGCCAUGAAGGGCUUUGGUACUGAUGAGCAGGCUAUAAUUAAUCUUCUUGGUAGCCGCUCUAACAGGCAGCGUGUACCUCUGCUGGUUACAUACAAGACUGCUUAUGGAAAGGACUUAGUUAAGGAUCUGAAGUCUGAGCUUUCUGGAAACUUUGAGAAGUUGGUUUUGGCGAUGUUGAAGACUUCUGCCCAAUUUGAUGCAUCCGAGCUGAAAGAGGCCAUCAAGGGAGCCGGAACUGAUGAGGCCUGUUUGAUCGAGAUCCUGUCCUCACGCACCAAUGCAGAGAUCAGAGAAAUUAAUCAAAUCUACAAAGCUGAAAACAAGAAAUCACUGGAGGAUGCAAUUAGUGGAGAUACAUCAGGACACUUUCGCAGGCUUCUCAUCUCUCUUGCUCAGGGCAAUCGUGAUGAGAGAGAGAAUGUGGACAUCUCAUUAGCUAAACAAGAUGCUCAGACUCUGUAUCAGGCUGGGGAAAAUAAACUGGGCACAGAUGAGUCCAAGUUUAAUGCCAUCCUGUGUGCUCGAAGCAAAUCUCACCUUAGAGCAGUGUUCCAGGAAUACCAGCAUAUGUGCGGCCGAGACAUUCAGAAGAGUAUUGAGAGGGAAAUGUCUGGAGAUCUGGAGAGUGGCAUGUUGGCUGUUGUGAAGUGCAUUAAAGACACACCAGCCUACUUUGCUGAGAGACUCCACAAAGCCAUGAAGGGAUUAGGAACCAAAGACCGCACUCUGAUCCGCAUCAUGGUGUCCCGCUCAGAGGUCGACAUGCUGGACAUCCGCCAGGCAUACCUGAAGAUGUAUGGCAAGUCUCUCUACACGGAUAUUUCUGGAGACACUUCUGGGGAUUACAAGAAAUUGCUUUUGAAGCUUUGCGGAGGAAGUGAUUAAGAAGAUGCAGCUUUUGUCACAUCGAAAAGAUAAAACAAGAAUUGUGCCUCACACAGCAUUCAUACAAAAUAUAUGUUUAUACUCUAAAAAUGUUCUUAUAUGCAAUUGCAUGUUGUUGCCAUACUUAUAGAGAUAUUGCAUAAUGUCACGUAUCAACGUCUGUGCUGUAUUUUUAUACAAAUCUUUAUUUUAUGGAAAGAAGCCCAUUUUUCUUUCUUUAAUAUUACUGUUAUGCUGAGUACAUUAUAUAAUACGAAAAUAGGUAAAAUCGUUUGGAUCUCACUAUGCACUGUUCUGUUUUUCCUAAUUGCGCUGAUUCAAUCUUUUUUUAAUUUUUGAUACAGUACCGAUUAUCAAGAUGCUGAUAGCCAAUACUGAUCCCAUGCAAGAUUAUUUUGUUCAUGUCAUGUGAAAUAUCAAGAAUUUAAUGGCAGGAUGUCUUUUAUUUGAGUCCUGGGUUUAUGUGCCAAAAUCUGUGCCAGUGCAAGUCAAGUCAACUUUAUAAGAAAUCGUCAGGUCUAAUAAAACAAGUCACGUCAAGUUAAAUCUGAUUGAUCAUUAUUACAAUAUCAGCUAUGAUACCAUCACUCCAUAUCAGACAUGUACCUUCCUGUUAAAUGAUAUGUAGAGAUUUAUACUGUCAGCUUAAUACCAAAUAAAGAUUUUUGUUAAACAUGUUCAGGAAUUACAAAACAACACCAUUAACUAGAACGGGUCAGCAGAGCCUUUGCUCUGGCCUGCAGUUACACCACUUCUGAGUCGCUUUUGCUGUAGUUUGGGAUUUUCGUGUCCAUAGUAAAUGGAAGUUAGCGCAUGUUUUAAUGGGUUAGAAACAAGAUGUAAUGUGAUAUACUGCAUAUUUUUUGCUUUACAUUUUUACUUGUGUAUUGGUUUUGUUGUACACUCAAACCAAUCACUGGGGGGGGGGACUAAAUAAAAAGAGAAAUCAGACUUA